AACCAUUAAAAUUUAAGAUCACGAUAGACAAUUGAAGAUUCAGUUGAAGUACGAGCGUCGAACUAAUAGAAAUUGUUGUAGUAGUGGAGCAGUGUCAAUACUUUAUCUGUAAACGAAUAUCAUGCACUGGAUAUUUAUCGUUCUCCAUGUUAACUGUAUUGAAGUGGCGGAAACUAUGUGAAAGAUUAUGAAGUGCAACGCCUGUUGGAAAAAUUUGGAGGGCCGGGCCGUCGCAACAACAUGUGGCCAUAUCUUUUGCACCGAAGAUGCUCAGAAAAUCUUGAGCUCUGUUGACGCUAACUGCCCGUUGUGUGAGCAGACGCUUUCAAAGAGCAAGGUUAAGGCUGUGGAUAUGUCUCCAACUGAUGAAUGGAUCAACAUGGUAAUGGCUGGCGUAGCUCCUCAGAGCAUAAUGAAAAGUGCAUUUAAGGGUGUAAUCUUCUGGAUUGGGCAAAAGGACGUGGAGGUUCAGCUUUCUGUAAACAAGGCUUUACACUUUCGUCAGAAGUGUGAGCAAAUGCAAGGUGCUUACGCGCAGAAAAUGAGGCAAGUGGAGGAAGCCUACACUGCAAAGCUCCAGCAAGUGCAUUCGGGAUACCAGAAGGCCAUGAAAAAAAUCCAAGCUAUGGACCAUGAGAAGGAAGUCAUGCUCAAAGACAAAAAAGAAAUUCAAGAAAAAUACACCGAGAAGUCUAGGCAGAAGAGGAAAUUGGAAGAGAUGUAUGAUGCUUUGAGAAAGGAGUAUGAGCUUUUGAGGCGAUCCAUUGCAUCCUCCACCCCUGAUAAUACUGCUGUGGUUCAACGGCCAAACCCCUACUCUUUUGCUCCAAAUUUCAAUGGGCUGGAUGACAUCCGACAUCAAUCUUCAGGUCUAUCUGAUAUGGCUCCAAAUACUCCAGCAGUUACUCCGAACUUUUGGCGUAAUUCUUGUCCAGAAGCCCAGCUAUGUUCCUUCGACUUACCUAAUUUACAACAAUCAUCACGCAAUCAAAGGCAGGCUACUGGGAACAGCCUUCCCCGACCAUUUUCUGCUGGGUCACCAACCAUGUUCAACGCCUCCGUUCACUCUCAGUUCGCUACAUCUGCCGGUGCACAGCCCUCAGAUACUUUUCGUAACCUUCUUCGUUCCCCCGGCACAAGACGCUCUCAGGGCCUGAUGAGGGGUUUAUGAGGUACCCCUGCAGCGGGAGUUAUAAUGCAAUGCAGUAAUUAUGGGCAUUAUAUUAGCUCAUAUAAUUCUUGGCACAUUCACAGAUCCGCUUUCUCGUUGGAGCACAUUUUCUUUUCUGUGGCAUGAAACGGCGAAUUUAUGUGACUCGAGCUUACUCUCAACGCAUGCUACGGCUGGUUGCUGCUUAGCUUAUGGAGUUUUGUCACACUCUGCAGAUAACCGUUCAACCUGUUGGGUGAAUAUAGGUGCCGCAACUGUUUAACAACCGUUUUUGAACAAGAUAUAGAGGACCCUCUCCUUGAUCAUAAUUCCUUUUAGUCCAAUUCGCAUCCAAUCGAUAACAUGGUUGUUGAUAGUGCGUAGUUGUCCUACCGUCGUCUUCUAGUAUGCUUACAUAAGAUUUCCGGUCUUUCGAAGAAGAUACCCAACGGAAACCAAAAAAAAAACAGGAAAAAAGAAAAAAAAUAUGUUUAGUGUUGUCAGAAUUUCGUCGGAAUCGACAGGAUCAAUCAAAAUAACUUUGCUUUUCAUUUGAACAUUCUUCGAAUUGAAUGAACGUGGUUAUUUUUAAACAAGAGGAAUCAUUUCUUGCACAGUUGUGAAGAUUUGUUUUAAAAUUAAUACAAUUGAGAUAAAAGAUUAUAGGGCUUGAAAGUCAACUGCUUAAGAAAAGCCUAUUCGAAAAAAGUUACCAUGAAUGUAUAUGUUUAUAAAAAAAAAACAUAUUUGUUGAUGUUUUGAGAUACAAUAAUUUAAAAAGUAUUAAUUCUUUUGUCAAAAUUCAUUGAAAAUAAAAUCGAUAAAAUCCGUGCUCGGACUAAUUUGUUGCUACGACUAAGAUUUUAUUUACAAAAAUAACCACGUUCAACUUAGCAUUUGUGUAACAUACUGGGACAAUUUUUUGUUUUAAAUUCACAUUCCAAGUGCAUGGAAAAAAUGUAAAACCAUAUAUAUAAAUAUAAAAUAAAAUUUAAUUAAAAGAUGUUUUUAAUAUGGUGGCUCUGAAGUGUGGGAUGAGUAAUAGGAAGUUAUAACAAAUGCCAAAGGGACUUAACCGCAACAGCGCAUAAGGGAACUUGGCAGACGCCACCCUCAACACGUUCAACGCCGAAACUAGAGGGUAACGCUGAAGCUCUUCCAACUCUCCUCCAACCCUCCUCUCUUCAGAAGAUUCAUGGCGACCAUGAAGAACCUGAAAAUUAAGACUGGGGUCUGCAAGCGGUUGAUGAAAGAGCUGCAAUCUUACCAAAGCGAAGCCGAUAAAGAAUGCAUUAAGGCCAAGAACAUGCGAAGGUCUCAUGCUGACCCUUUCGACAUCAAACAACAGGAACAUGUUGUGGCGGAGUCGUGCUUGACAAUAUCCAAUUGUAGGAAACGACUUGAGACGGCUCUGGCAACUCUCGAAGCAGCAGUGGUGGAUGCGGAAGCUCAAUCCACGGCAGGAGAGAGUGAAGAACUAUCCGCUGCUUCAGAAUUGAUUGCUCAAGUAAAGCCAUUGUUCAUUGCGUGACCACGUGCACAUUCAGUAAUCGUGAAGAUCUAAUACUUGAUUCAAACAAUUGUAGGACAAAUAUUGACAAGCAUGGUAUACCAGUAUAACUCGUCAGGAAUUCAUGCUGCAGUUAUUAUUGAACUCCACAAUUCUGAGCUAUCACAGGAAAAAUUAACAAGAACAAAAAAAUCAUCUACAUAGAAGUUAUAUAAUGGUAGCAUUUUUGGAAACACAGUUUUAGUUCAAGACUUUGUUCACCAGUUGGGUCCGACAAGUCGAAAGAAUUAGGUGCGAAAACACCACUUUCCCAAUUCGAUAACACCUGGUAGAGAGCUGAGCAAAAUCUUGAAAAUAGCAAACUAGCUUUGAAAGCAAUUGACAAUCCUCUUGUGAUGAAGAUUAAAAUAUAAGUUGUUUUCAAAAGUG